AUGAUUCAUAAACAACCUAAUGCGAAUGAUAACAAUGAAGCAUUAAAACAAUUCAAGAUAAUCAACGUCAAAUAUGAAUGUAAAGUACAUUCUAUGGACAAGAUAAGUGUUAUACAUUAUUUACCAUAUAAUGACGGUACUAAUUCCUAG